AUUGCGGUUGAGAAAGUGCCCUGUCGCGGUUGAACGAGCCGAGAGCGCAGGCGCACGACAGGGGUGACGUCACAAGCACGCGUCUCCGUACGCGGAAGCGUUCGGGAUCUCGGCGGCAGGAAAGAACAAACUGAGGAUUUGCGCGUGGGAAUCUCAAGCUCAACAGCACACCAGACCUGCAGUGUCGGUCAGGUCACCAGCACCUGAAUGUCAUCAGUUCUUGAAUUUAGAAGAGGAGAUGCUUAUCUGUCUCAUUUCUGAGAAGUGAUUACAAACCAUAGUUUGAACAGUACGGCAGUGAGACACACAUCCGUUAGUGAGGGUGUUCGAGAGGGUGACUAUGGAAGGAUUUCCAUCCAGUUAUACGGCCGGAGAAGGCAGUGUGCCGGACACACCAAGGAGAAACCAAACAUGUUCUGUGCAGGUGACAUUUUGAUAAACCAAUCUGAGAGAAGUGGGAAAAACUUUCAAGUCUCUGAAGGAGUGAGCAAAUUUCCUCGAUAAAAGUGGUAUCAGUGUGCCACAGGUGCUGCCUGACCUGCUGAGUUCCUCCAGCAUUUUGUGUGUGUGUUGCUCCAGAUUCCAGCAGCUGCAGAAUCUCCUGUGUCUCAGCGCGAGUUCUUGAUCCUUUGAGAAGAAAGAACUCUGCAUCCAGCUGGAAGCGCGUCCACCUGCUUCGUGUCUGGCAUGAAGUUCGUUGUUGUUAAAACAGCAGUAAUCCCGUGCCCUGAGAACACACCAGCACAUCCUCGCCAGCUGUGGGAAAGGAUUCAUCCUACCUGCUGAUACGUCAGUAAAUUCACACCGGGGAGAGGCCGCUCACCUGUCCUGAGUGCAGAAGGGGAUUCACUCAUUCAGCCAGCCCAAUGACACAUCAGCAGGUUCACACUGAGAGGCCGUUCACCUGCUCUGAGUGCGGGAAGGGAUUCACUCAGUCAAAAUACCUGACGAUACACCAGCGAAUCCACACUGGGGAGAGGCCAUUCACCUGCUCUGAAUGCGGGAAGAGGUUUGCUCAGUCAUCCCACCUGCUGACUCACCAGCAGGUUCACACAGGGGAGAGGCUGUUCACUUGCUCCAAAUGUGGGAGGGGAUUCACUCGGUCAUCCAGUCUGAUGAGACACCAGCAAGUUCACACUGGGGAGAGGCCGUUCACCUGCUCUGAGUGCGGGAGGGAAUUCACUUUGUCGUGCAACCUGGUGAGACACCAGCAAGUUCACACUGGGGACAGACCCUUUAUCUGCUCUGAGUGUGGGAAGGGAUUCAGUCGGUCAUCCCACCUGCUGACACACCAGCAGGUUCACGCUGAGGAGAAGCCUUUCACCUGUCCUGAGUGUGGGAAGGGAUUCACCCACUCAUCGUACCUGGUGAGGCACCAGCAAAUUCACACUGGGGAGAGGCCGUUCUCCUGCUCCACGUGUGACGAGAAGUUCACACAGUCGUCAGACCUGAUGAGACACCAGCGCGUUCACACUGGGGAGAGGCCAUUCACCUGUCCUGAGUGUGGGAAGGGAUUCACUCAGUCUUCCAGCCUGAUGACACACCGGAAAAUUCAUACAGGAGAGAAGAAUUUCACCUGCUCCGAGUGCGGGAAGAGAUUCGCUCGAUCAUCCAGCCUGCUGAUACACCAGCGAGUUCACACCGGGGAGAGGCCAUUCACCUGCUCUGAGUGUGGGAAGGGAUUUGCUGAUUCAUCCAGCCUGACAAAACACCAGCGAUUUCACACUGGGGACAGACCUUUUAUCUGCUCCGUGUGUGAGAAAGGAUUCACUCGGUCGUCCCACCUGCUGCGACACAAGCAAGUUCAUACCGGGGAGAGGCCAUUUAUCUGCUUGGAGUGUGGGAAGGGAUUUACCCGGUCAUCUCACCUGCUGGCACAUCAGCAGGUUCACACUGGGGAGAGCCCGUUCACCUGCUCCGAGUGUGGCGUGAGAUUCACUCAUUCCUCAGACCUGCUGAUACACCAGCGAGUUCACACCGGGGAGAGGCCGUUCACUUGCUCCGAGUGCGGGAAGCGAUUCACCCGGUCAUCCACCCUGCGGAUACACCAGCGAGUUCACACCGGAGAAAAGCCGUUCACCUGCUCCGAGUGUGGGAAGAAGUUCACUCGUUCAUCCAGCCUGCUGAUACACCGGCGAAUUCACACCGGGGAGAAGCCGUUCACUUGCUCCGAGUGCGGGAAGGGAUUCACUCGGUCAUCAGAGCUACUGAUACAUGAGAAAAUUCACAGCGGGGAGAGGCCGUUCACCUGCUCCGAGUGCGGGAAGGGAUUCACUCGCUCAUCCUGCUUGGUGAAACACCAGGAAAUUCACACCAAGCAGAGGCCGUUCACCUGCUCUGAGUGCGGGAAGGGAUUUGUUCAGUCGUCCCAGCUACAAAAACACCAACGAGCUCACACCGGGGAGAGGCCGUUCACCUGCUCCGUGUGUGGGAAGGGAUUCCCUCGGUCAGCCCAGCUACUGAGACACCAGCUAAUUCACUCUGGGGAGAGGCCAUUCACGUGCUCCGUGUGUGGGAAGGGCUUCGUUCAGUCAUCCCACCUACUGAAACACCAGCAAAUUCACACAGAGAAGAAAGACUAAACAUGAUGUAUGCUCAUUGAGCCAGUUGGGGUUUGUUUCUGAUAAUGUUAGUAACCCCCAUAACUGGGCUGAAGUUUAAUAUUCUGGAUCUGUGGAGAAAAUAAAUAUUGCCCUAAGCACUGUUUCAGAUCCUCAGUGUCUCUACAAUAUGCACAAUGUACCACAGAAAGAGAGGCCAUGGGGCCAAACUGGUCCCUGCCAGUAUUUCUACUCCACACCAGCUUCUCUCCUCUUAUCCUGUUGUAUUUUACUUGUAUUUCUUUUUUUCUCAUUGUGUUCACUCAGCUCUCCAUUAAAUGCAUCCCUGCCAAUCACCUUAACCCCCUCCCUGUGCUGAUGGGUUCCACAUUAUCCCCACUGUCUGGGCGGAUCCAGGGGGCGAGGCUUU